GGCUUGGAGUUUGCGCACUGGCGACGGCUCAAGCCCCCAGCUUUCCCACCCGCAGCCGUCGCGCCCUGAUGACGCAAAUCUCCUUCGCCGCAGAGCGAGCGGAGCGCUGGUCUAGAGUCUUCGCGUUUUCUCACGGAUUUUGGUGCCCGUGGGGCCCGUGAGCUGCCACCAUGAAGGAAACGCCACUCUCAAACUGCGAGCGCCGCUUCCUACUCCGUGCCAUUGAAGAAAAGAAGCGGCUGGAUGGCAGACAGACCUACGAUUAUAGGAACAUAAGGAUCUCGUUCGGGACAGAUUAUGGGUGCUGUAUUGUGGAACUUGGGAAAACAAGAGUUCUUGGACAGGUUUCCUGUGAACUUGUUGCUCCAAAACUCAAUAGAGCAACAGAAGGUAUUCUUUUUUGUAACCUUGAGCUCUCUCAGAUGGCUGCCCCGGCUUUUGAACCUGGCAGGCAGUCCGAUCUUUUGGUGAAGUUGAAUCGACUCUUGGAAAGAUGUCUAAGAAAUUCGAAGUGUAUGGAUACUGAGUCUCUCUGUGUUGUUGCUGGUGAAAAGGUUUGGCAAAUACGUGUUGACCUGCAUUUAUUAAAUCAUGAUGGAAAUAUUAUUGAUGCUGCGAGCAUUGCUGCAAUUGUGGCCUUAUGUCACUUCCGAAGACCUGAUGUGUCUGUCCAAGGAGAUGAAGUAACUCUGUAUACACCAGAAGAACGUGAUCCUGUGCCACUGAGCAUCCACCACAUGCCCAUUUGUGUCAGUUUUGCCUUCUUCCAGCAAGGAAUGUAUUUAUUGGUGGAUCCCACUGAACGAGAAGAACGAGUAAUGGAUGGCUUGCUGGUGAUUGCCAUGAACAAGCAUCGAGAGAUUUGUACCAUCCAGUCCAGUGGUGGGAUAAUGCUACUAAAAGAUCAAGUUUUGAGAUGCAGUAAAAUAGCUGGUGUGAAAGUAGCAGAAAUUACAGAGCUAAUACAGAAAGCCUUGGAGAAUGACCAGAGAGUUAGGAAAGAAGGUGGAAAAUUUGGCUUUGCAGAGUCUAUACCAAAUCAGAGGAUCACAGCAUUUAAAAUGGAAAAGGCCCCUGUUGAUACCUCAGACGUGGAGGAGAAAGCAGAAGAAAUCAUUGCUGAAGCUGAACCUCCUUCAGAAGUUGUUUCUAAACCUGUGCUAUGGACUCCUGGAACUGCCCAAAUUGGAGAGGGAAUAGAAAACUCUUGGGGUGAUCUUGAAGACUCUGAGAAAGAAGAUGAGGACGAAGGUGGCAGUGAUGAAGCUGUCAUUCUUGAUAGUAUAAAAAUGGACACUGGAAUAGAAGUUUCUGAUACUGGAAGCCAAGAUGCCCCUAUAGUACUCUCAGACAGUGAAGAAGAAGAAAUGGUCAUUUUAGAACCAGACAAGAAAACAAAGAAAAUAAGAACACAGACCACCAUUGGGAAACAAGAAAAAGCACCAAGUAAAAAGCCAAUGAAAAAGAGAAAAAAGAAGAGAGCUGCUAAUUAAAGCUAACAUAGUUGUAUAUUUGUAUAUAUAACUAUUAAAAGGUAUUUAUUCAGUGCUAACAACCUGGGUAUCUUUUAUUCACAAAUCCCUAAAGUUUUAU